AAUGUUGCUCGACUUGUCCGAGGAGCAUAAGGAGCACCUGGGCUUCCUCCCGCAAGUGGACAUCGCAGUGGUCGCAGAGUUCGGGAGAAUCGCGGUGGAAUUCCUCAGACGCGGGUCUAACCCGAAGAUCUACGAAGGCGCCGCCAGAAAACUCAAUGUGAGUAGUGACACUAUCCAGCAUGGUGUGGAAGGGUUAACAUAUCUCCUCACUGAGAGCUCCAAGCUUAUGAUUUCUGAACUGGAUUUCCAAGACUCUGUUUUUGUUCUGGGAUUCUCUGAAGAACUGAAUAAGUUACUACUUCAGCUUUACCUGGACAACAGAAAGGAGAUCAGAACUAUUCUGAAUGAGUUGGCACCUCGCCUUCCUAGUUACCAUAGUCUUGAAUGGCGGCUAGAUGUACAACUUGCAAGCAGGAGUCUCCGGCAACAAAUUAAACCAGCAGUGACUAUAAAGCUGAACCUCAACCAAAAUGGGGACCACAGCACCCAUCUUUUGCAGACGGACCCAGCUACCCUACUUCAUUUGGUUCAGCAGCUGGAGCAAGCAUUGGAGGAAAUGAAAACAAACCACUGCAGGAGAGUAGUCCGCAGCAUCAAGUAGCUUCAAGGUUCAGUUGGCGAUGCAGAGAUUGCCCGUAGUACAUCUGGGUUUCAGGGACUUUUUUUUUUCUGGUUCAGGAUGUUAAAAUCUUGAUUAGAAGCUAAAGUACAGUUCCUUUCUGGUGCUAAAUGCAGUCAGCUUCUUCACAGAUUGAAAUUCAUUUUAUAUUUUAAAUGUGUAAAUAGGAUGGACUCAACUAAAACAAAUCAAUACUA